AUGUCCGCAAUCGUGGAGGACGGGGGAAUGGCUUCCGUUGCCUCUGACAACCCUAGGUCAUGGCGGUUCACUUGGGAAAACCUAGCCCACAUUCCGACCCUCCGCCUCUAUCUGUUCCGCGCGGGCUUCGAUCCCUCCGCCAGAUGCUCGAUCCUCAGGGCCUCCCUCCGCUUCGACGAAUCCCUGCUCCUCGUCUCCUGGACCGACGAGGAGGAGGGGAACCAUGAAGUUUCUCUCAGGGUUCCGGUUCCUAGGGUUUUGAUCGAUCCCGGAUGCCCCAUAGAUUGCACGGCUAAGAGCGACCAUAUUGAGAUCAAGCUGGUCUUGAUCCUCCCCGUGGACCAUGCGGUCGUGGCGAAUUUCCGUGGGGUUCUUGAUUCGGCUGGGGAGGAGGUGGAGGAAGAUGGGGAUCGGUCUUCGGAUCGGUUGCUUCCACUCACUCUGGAUUCUGAUAUACAGAAACUUUUUGCCGAUGGUGUACAUUUUUUUUGCAAGGCAUGCUCAACAAAGCUGACCAGGCAACCUCUCAGAUGUUUUGUGGAAAUGCCAUCAGUGAAUUGGCGAGAGGUGGCUGACAAUUGGUUUGGGGCAUGCUGCUGUUCUUUUGGAGGUAUAAGUGAGAAACUAGUAUCUGAGUACAUCAACUCUUAUAAUUGUGCUGAGGGAACCUGUCUAGUAGAUGCUGCUUCAGUUAUUAUCUGCAAGGAUGACCUUCAGGAUGAUACAUUUCAACAGUGCACAGAGGAGUACUCAGAGUGGAAUAAACCGAAUUUGAUGGAAAAUAAUGUAACCAAUGCACCUAAAGAAGGCGUCUAUGGGAAUCUUUGUGAAAGCAUUCCUGAUGCUGGUUUGACAUCAACUUGUGCUGCUCAGGUGGGAAGAGUGGAUUUUGAUGUUGGAACAGAAUCAUCUGGAUAUAAAAAUGGUACUAAUGUUUUGUCUUGCCCUGUGCUUAACUCGUCAGACUGCUGUGGCACUGUUACAUCAUUUUCCAAAGAAACUACUAAUCUGGCUCAACCUAGCUUGGAUGUGAUGCAGACUGCCAUUGAUGUGGAUCUGUUGAAGCUUAACAUUAAGCAAUGCUCAGAUGUUCUUGAGAAUCCUCCUCCAGCUUCUGCAGAGGAGACAUCUAAAGAUCAUUGCCAUUGUUGUGAAGAUAAAACAAACUAUUCGUUAAACUUUCAUCAUGGAAGAUCUGCACUUGGCAUGUCAAUAACACCGACGAAAUCCCAGAUAGACAAUAGUCCUCUUGGAGGUGGUUUUAUGAUUAGAACCUCCAACAUUUCAAGUGAUAUAGAGUGGAUUGAAUUCUCUUGCAGGAACUGCUUAUCUCCUCUUGGGUCGUAUCCUUAUUCUAAAAGCAAAAAUGUUCUCGCAGAUGGUGGAAUUCGACUAUUUAAAUGUUACAUUUCUACUUGUGUUCCUAUUGGCGGACCUCACGACAUAUUCAGGAAGCACACAUUGCAAAGAGUCUUUGUACAUUUUCUGCUUGAAAGUGCAGAAGACGAACUUUCAUUCCGAACAGUGGUCAGGGAUCUGAGAACUAAAUGUCCAAUGCUGCAAUUGGUCCUUUUAAGUUCAAAGGCCUGGCGCUCUUCUAGCUAUUGUUCUGAAAAUGUUAAAAAGGGACCACUUUGUGCAUCAGAUCUGCAACCUGUAGUCAAGGUGUUAUUUUCAGACUGUAGUACUGUCUCAGAAGUCAGUUCAAGGCAAAUAGAGGAUUGGUCAACUAGAAAUCAUGCUGAAGAAGUGUAUAUGAUGACACAUCAAAUAGAAGAACUGACAAAAUACCUGAAGUCAGCUGUAGAUAAACUACCACCAUCUUGUUCCUCUUUGCAGGGAAUGUAUUUAUCGACAUUGGAAAGGUAGCUAAUAUACCAGUUUGACAGAAAAUUAUGAACUUCAAGACCAUUCUUUUCCUGCCAUCUGAUAUUAUAAAUAGUUUAUAAUCUGCUAUGUGGCAAUUGGAAUC